CGGCUCGCGGCCUAUCAGAGCCGAGCUGGGGGGUGGGCCGGACGGCACGGCUGCCGGGGGCGGCGGCGGCGGCGGCGGCCUGGGGAGGCGGUGGCCUGGCCUGGCCUGGCCUGUCAGGGCGCGGGCGGCGGCGGUCCAGCACCAUGUCCCUGCAGUACGGGGCGGAGGAGACGCCCCUCGCCGGCAGUUACGGCGCGGCGGAUUCGUUCCCCAAAGACUUCGGCUACGGCGUGGAAGAGGAGGAAGAGGAGGCGGCAGCAGCGGGCGGCGGCGUUGGGGCGGGGGCCGGCGGCGGCUGUGGCCCGGGGGGCGCUGACAGCUCCAAGCCAAGGAUUCUGCUCAUGGGGCUGCGGCGCAGCGGCAAGUCCUCCAUCCAGAAGGUGGUGUUUCAUAAGAUGUCACCCAAUGAGACUCUUUUUUUGGAAAGUACCAACAAGAUUUAUAAAGACGACAUUUCCAAUAGCUCCUUUGUGAAUUUCCAGAUUUGGGAUUUUCCUGGGCAAAUGGACUUUUUUGAUCCAACCUUUGACUACGAGAUGAUCUUCAGGGGAACGGGAGCAUUGAUAUAUGUCAUUGAUGCCCAGGAUGACUACAUGGAGGCUUUAACAAGACUUCACAUUACUGUUUCUAAAGCCUACAAAGUUAACCCAGACAUGAAUUUUGAGGUUUUUAUUCACAAAGUUGAUGGUCUGUCUGAUGAUCACAAAAUAGAAACACAGAGGGACAUUCAUCAAAGGGCCAAUGAUGACCUUGCAGAUGCUGGGCUAGAAAAACUCCAUCUUAGCUUUUAUUUGACUAGUAUCUAUGACCACUCAAUAUUUGAAGCCUUCAGUAAGGUGGUGCAGAAGCUCAUUCCACAACUGCCAACCUUGGAAAACCUACUAAAUAUCUUUAUAUCAAAUUCAGGUAUUGAAAAAGCUUUUCUCUUUGAUGUUGUCAGCAAAAUCUACAUCGCAACAGACAGUUCCCCUGUGGAUAUGCAGUCUUACGAACUUUGCUGUGACAUGAUUGAUGUUGUAAUUGAUGUGUCUUGUAUAUAUGGGUUAAAGGAAGAUGGAAGUGGAAGUGCUUAUGACAAAGAAUCUAUGGCAAUUAUCAAGCUGAAUAAUACAACUGUCCUUUAUUUAAAGGAGGUGACUAAAUUUUUGGCAUUGGUCUGCAUUCUUAGGGAAGAAAGCUUUGAACGAAAAGGUUUGAUAGACUACAACUUCCACUGUUUCCGAAAAGCUAUCCAUGAGGUUUUUGAGGUGGGUGUGUCUUCUCACAGGAGCUGCAGUCACCAGACCAGUGCCCCCAGCCUGAAAGCAUUGGCACACAAUGGCACACCACGGAAUGCCAUCUAGUCUGAAUCCCAGUAGCCGAGGCUCAGUGCCAGCUUAGUCCUCACGCCAGGGCCAGAUGCCACGUGCUGCUGCAGGACAUGGGAGCUGCUGCGUGUGGGAGUCUGGUGCCUGUUCCACUAUAGACAAGGGGUAGAGUUUUUCAUUUGGAUGAAAACCCCUCAGCCAGCGGUGUACAACUGAAGCUACUAUUUCUUUUUUUAAAAAAUGGCAAAAAAGAAUUCUAGAGACCUCAGAACUCAAGUGUGUCUUUCUCCUCUUUUGGGUCCUACUUUAAGUAGUUGAAUAUUUUGAACCUGGAGAUAACACCAGUUACCCAUCCUUACCAGGGAAUGUUGCUGUCAAUUCCAGCUGAAAAUAAUAGAAAAAACUGAAUUUUAUAUGCUUCCCUUAGGUUUUCAUUUGUUUAGUCUCUAAAAACCCUGCUUUGCUUACAUUCUAACACUGCCUCUCAGAUCUCAGUUUUGGACAUUGUGUAUCUAAGACCUUUAAAUGCAUUUGCUUGCUAACUCAAAAGAUGCAUCGACUGACUCCGCAAAAGACAUUCCUGUAUUUGUUAUGAAGAACUGAGAGGAAGUCUGUGUGCUGCAUCAGGUGGAGAGCAAGGCUCAGCAGUGGCUGCAUCAGUUUCCUUGGAAGUGUUAAGGAAAAACUUUGAAACAGAAGAAAAUUUUUGCACCUGUGUUUUUGGUACCAGAUGUAUGGGUUCUUCUUCGACAAAUGAUCAUGCACAGUGUAACAAAGGGAAUUUAAAACAAAGUGGUUUCCCCACAGACCCCUUCUAGGGGAAAACUCAUCAUGUCACUGAAACACUUAGCCCACUUUUCUUUGAUCUUGAUAUUAGCCUCUACAUACCUUUUAUUCUAUGCUAUCUAGAUUCUUUUAAGAAUUGCUGACUGUUGACUACGAAUGACCCUAAGGCACUGGUGGGCUGUCCACUGGGGUUGGAGAGAACUUGUGGUGCCACAUGUGUAUUGUCUUACACUUUGUCUCCAGUAUUCUGACACCAGGUGUCAACUGUGGUACUUUCUUUGCCUACGAGUUGAAUUCAUACUUGUUUCUUUUUGUUGAUGGUUGAUACCCUCUCCAUUGAUUUAAAUUUACACAUUAUUUUUACUCCACAUGCCCAGUAGUCAUGUAUGUUCCAAAGCCACUGGACCACUUGAGUACGUAAGUGCCACUGUUUAAUGAAAUAUAUAUAUUCAGGUCUGUAAACCUAACAGUGCGACUUGGAGUGCUUCCUGCAAAUGAUUAUGACUGUUGAGUAUUUACAUGGACCAUGGUGAUAUCCAAAAGAAAAAUGCUUUUAUAUUUAUAGAUUAUUUCAUUGAACUAUAUAUGAAAUGGGUAUCAAUAAAUGUAUUUACUCCAAAAA